CAAAUAAUCACCAGAUUCUCGCACUUCACUACAACACCCCAGAUUACAUUGCAAUUAAACAGCUCAUAGCCGUUCCAAUCUCCAGUUCGUUAUUCUGUUAUCCGGUUAUUGAUUUAGCUGAAGCCGACUCUAGUUAUAAACGUUGAACGUUUUCUUCUUCUUUUUACAACGCUUCUUCACUUUCUUCUUUAACUUCGAAAUUCCGCAGCUUCUUCUUAGCUGCUUGUUUCAGCUUUUCUUUGAUUUUUUUCCGAGUACCUACUCAGCCUACUCCUCAAUCUCAUUCAUUUGGAUAUGCAAAAGGGUGAGAAUGGAAUCAGCUAUCUUCGCCACCGUUAAAAUCCCUCUCCCUUCUUCAGGUAACUGUUGCAAGUGCGCGGCCCAAUCUGUGAGAGCGCUGCCGAUUCGGAUUCUGACGGUUGGGAAGAAGAGGUCGGCGGGGAUUCAGCUCGUGGUUGACGAAUAUACUGAGAAGCUCAAGCAUUAUUGCCCUGUUCAAGAUGUUCGAAUCAAGUCCAACCCUAAAAAUGCUCGUGACUCAACGGUUCAGAUUGAACAUGAGGAUAUGGCUGUGAUGGGACUCAUCAAGUCCAAUGAAUGGGUUGUGAUGUUGGAUGAGCGUGGACGUGAUGUGAGUUCAGAGCAAAUGGCGUCUCUAAUUGCAGAUGCUGGAAAUACAGGGGCUUCAAGCAUACUGUUCUGUGUUGGUGGGCCAUACGGGCAUGGAAAGCAAUUGAGAGAGAGAGCUGAUGUAUCGAUCCGGUUAUCAUCUUUGGUCUUAAAUCAUGAAAUUGCACUGGUUGUGUUGGCAGAGCAGCUCUACAGGGCUUGGACUAUUCUCAAAGGCCAGAAGUACCACCAUUAGAUACUAGUUCGUCUUUGCUCUGUCAAGCAAGUUGGAUUUGGAAAUCAUACUGUAGUUAAAUUGGUCUUUUAAGCCAUUGAAGAUGAAUAGAACUUACACCAUAAAGUCAGAAAGCUUCUGAUAGUAGUGCUUCUUGUGAUGUUGGAUGGCUCUGCUGCAGUUACUAGAUGGUUGCAGUUCCAAACGUUUCAAAUCCUAUAACGGGAUGGAGGUUCGAGCUUAUUUUUGUUGUAAGGUUAGUUAGCUGACGUAAAGCAGGAGAGAUUUGUGUGAUAUAAUCUGUCCCUAAUCCUACAGCUGAAGGAUAUAGAGGCGAGAACCUUGACAUCAUUAAGGUGAUAUUCUAUGGUGUAUUUGUGUUAAGUGAACCUCUGCAAUUUUAUUGUACAUUUAUUGAAUUUGGUUUUAAUUUUUGAUGUA